AUGAAGAGAGGAGUUUUGAUAGUGAACAACGCAAGAGCAGCCAUCAUGGAGAGGCAAGCGGUGGUGGAAGCGACGGAGAGUGGACAUAUUGGUGGGUACAGUGGAGACGUGUGGGACCCACAACCAGCUGCUAAGGACCAUCCAUGGCGUUACAUGCCUAACCAUGCCAUGACCCCUCACAUCUCCGGCAUCACCAUGGACGCUCAGCUACGAUAUGCAGCGGGGACAAAAGACAUGCUAGAGAGGUACUUUAAGGGGGAAGACUUCCCUGCCCAAAAUUACAUCGUCAAGAACGGUGAAAUUGCUCCCCAGUACAUGUAA